GAUAACCCUCAAUCUGAUUUUCAAGUUGCACGACAAUGGCGUAGGUUAGUCAGUGGAUCUUCGGUUCACUUCCACAAAAUUACGGAUAGCUCUGUGAUUGGGAUUAACAAUGGAGCUCUCAAUGUAAAGAAAAGAAGUCAAAAGCAUCAAAAAAAGGAUGAUCAGACUAAGCAAAACCAAAAACGGGUAAAAGUUAUAAUGGUGGAUGGCGAUGAAGAUAAGACUGAAACAAUAGAUGAUAAUAAAGACAAAUCAAAACAACAGGUCGAAGACAACGGAAGCCUUGAAUUUGAUUUCGAUUCAGUUAUCAAGAGUUUGCAACAAGAACCAUUACACGAAUGGGAAGUUGGUGGUAUAAAUGUUACAAGAAAAUUCCGUGAAUAUCAGCAAGAGGUUCUCAAAACACUUAAAACAACUGGAUUAACCUGGCAUAAUACAUACGAAAUCUUGGCACUCUCAUCCAUAAUUGUGCUCUGUAGAAACUGUCCUUAUCCAAAUUUUAACGACGAAGAGUGGCAGACGAUAACUCUAACAAACAAAUAUACAAUCCAUGAGCCAGUGAUACCAGCUUCAGUAUCAACUGCCUUACAUGAAACUGUGAUCAAGCAUUUGUCAGGCCAGGACAGUUAUAUGCAUGCAGAUGAAACUCCAUUGAACAGAACAGUUGCACGAACCUUCAAUGAAUUGCGAGAUAAUUUACCCGAUCUUGCACCACGAAGAACUUCCGAGGAUGAACACUGCCGUUUAUUUCUGAAUCCCUAUAUAACUCCGAUUUUUCUGAAGAAAAAUAAUAAUUACGAAGUGCGGUUAAAUCGUGCCGUCGCGGGCACGAAACAAAGACCUGACCUUUCGUGUGUCGUGGAUGAUAUACCUUUAUUAAAUUCUGAGAUUAAACCAAUGGGGAGCCAUCUUUUAAGCAAGAAAAAGGAUUUUGCAAAAGUUCAUUUACGGGCAAGAAAGACAAUUAAUCAGCAGUUGACCUCGAAAGGUGGCCCAGGAGAAAUAGCGAUGCUCCUCAAUCAUGGUGAUAUUGUGCAAACGUAUUUUAUGGACCUCCAAUUUGAUGGACUAUAUCGAUCAUGGCCCUUUCUCACAACAAAAUUGGCAAUUGAUGAACCCAGUUUGCCUUUGGUUGAAUCAAACCUUGCUCAUUUUGUGGCCUUAGAGAGACGUGUAUGUGAAUUUGCUAAAGAUUGCAAGCGUCGAAGGGGACCAUUCACACCGCCCCUACAAAUUCGAUAUAUGCGUAGUAUUCCAGACUCUCCACAGAUCCGAAAAAUGCUCGAGCUUUGA